AUGGAUAGAUUUGUCAGGUUGUAUUACAAGGAAACCUGUAAUAUUGUCUAGGGGUUACUAAUAAAGUUUACUUGAUACCAUAUUGGAUGAGGGGCUGUGUCAAUCCUUGGGGGUCUCUGGCAAAAAGAAUCCUAUUGGUAACAAAGUGCAUCAUGGAUCAUUGGUAAUCUGAAGACCACAAAUUUGGAAACCACUAGCCUAAUCUUUAGACACUAUUGCCUAAUCUCGCCCUAUACUGGAAAUACAUUUAAAAUAUGUUUUUCCAUUAAAUGAACACCUAUUUGAUAAAAAUAAAAUAUUCCACUUUACCGUAUUUGACAUUUCUGCAGGUGUAAAUUUAGCAUCGGACGUCAGUACAUUCAUAACAUAUUUAAGCUGUUGGCUCUGUGGUCUACCAGCAUGAGCUUUAGAUUUGUCAACACAAAGAGUCUUGCUCAGAGGAGGAAGAAAGAUCUCACAGAAGGGAUGGAAUGCAAGCUAAUUCUUAUACUUGCCUUCAUCACUCUAACUGCUUCAUACAGAAUAAAUAUGAAAGGUGGAAGAUGCCUGUGCCUUCAGACUAUGGAUAAAAUUGUGUUUGGUCACACACAAGUCAAAACCGUAGAAAUCUUCCCUGCAUCUACCUCUUGUGAAAAUGUGGAAAUAAUUGUAAGUUUGAAAACUGGCAGACAAAUAUGCCUGGAUCCUGAAGCAAUGCAUAUUAAAACAAUCUUCCAGCAGCUCAUCAGGAAGAAGGGAAAGAAAAAUAAUAAACCCAGCAUCUGAUUUUUCAUCAAGAAAACGAACACAGAGAGCAAAAGCAGAGGAGUCUUUCCUAAAUUAAAGCUGUGAUUCAAAAUGUGCAAGUAAGCCUUCGGCUGACACAGAUAGAUAGAUAGAUAAAUACUAUCUAUCUACACAUCUAUCUAUAUAUCUAUAUAUACACACACAUUUAUCUACAUCUUUAAAGGACAGUAGUAUGCUGCAAAUCACCCUUUAAUGUUUAAGGGGGCUUGUUCAUUAAAGAACCAAAUACUGCAUUUUUAUUUUCUGUAACAUGAGUUUUACUACAGAAUAUAAUAAAUAUGAAAGCAUCUUCCUGUCUGCUUUCUGUUCUUUUAGAGAAAGUUAACAUCUAUAAAAAAGGGUAAUGGACACUUUCUGUUGACAAGCUCUGGAAUGAUUUAAAUUAGCUGGACUUUCCAAAAUAUUUUUUUUAAAACUUGGGGGAAUAAUACCUAAGAAAUCAUUCAAGUGCGAUGAAGGUGCCUAUAGUUUCAUUGACAAAGUCAAAAGGAAGAGGCUGAACACCGACAGGCAGGAAUUAGCUACUGUGUGUGUGGUCAGUGACCCUGUACACGGUGUUUAUACAAUGGCUUUAGCUAGCUUAGUGGAAGAUAAUGAAGCCCAAGCCGUCCGAGCAGUACCAGUAUUGGGAGGCAUGAGCAGCUCCUUCGUGUUCUUUAUCAGUUGCAGGGAUGCAUGCAAUUGUUCUGUAUCUUACUCUUACUACAGGAAGAACCCUUAGUACCCCCAUGAUGUUUUGCAUAAAAUUAAUUUUUUGCUAAUAACCUGGACUCCAGAAUAAGUAUCAAGUCGGGAGGAGUCAAGUAAGA